AAGGAAGGUUACUCUAACUUGAGCAUAAUGUGCGUCUAUCCUGUUAGAUAGUUACACUAACAUUCUCACUAACGGUUAGGGUAAAGUGAGGCUAAAGUUACGCUAGAAUGACACACUUUUGUUAGGUAUGUUUAUGAUUGGUGCAUAAUUUCCUCUAACCUGUUACACUCACGUUACAUCAACGUUAGAUAUGUUUUGCUUUGGGCGGUUAGGUAGUUGUUAGGGUAGUUUCGGGUGGGAUUUCAUGCUGGUUUAUUUACAUCUAGCUGUCAUCCGAGCAAAAAGUGCAUGUAUUGGCGCGAAAUAAAUCUAACCAACACAAGUGCAUUUCUGCUCCGAAUGACAGCUAGAUACAAAUAAAACUGAAUAAUUAGAAGAAUAAUUUAAUUUAUGUUGAAAUCGUGUAUUCAAAGUUCAAUUUUAAUUUUCAUUGUGCUCCUUAAUUAAUUAAUUUGUUUGCUAAAAGUGCGUGCGCGAAAACGUGAUGAGAAAAGAAAGAGAUGCACCAAAAUGUCGAUCGCAACGAUCCGUAUCCGCCGGUUCAUGACCAAGCAUCUGCUGAGUCGUAAUCAUAUGAUCUCCGACAUCCUGCAUCCGGAUAUGGCUUGGGUCCCGAAGAAGGAAAUCCGUGACAAGUUGGCAGCCAUGCAUAAAACCACUCCCGAUGUAGUGUUCGUGUUCGGAUUCCAGCUUUGUGAUAGUGAGUCGACCGGCUUUGUGCUGAUCUGCUACAUACCAAGAAGUUCGAACCCAAGCACCGAUCGGGCCGCCGAGAAGAAGAUGAUCCGCAAUGAACGCAAGAACCGUAUGAAGGUGUGCUAUAUCAAGAAGGCCAAGGUCGGAUAAGCAGUAUAGAAGUAAGCGAGUUGCUUGGAGUUGUGUUUACACUCCGUCGAAUUGGAAAAAAUGGAAAUAUAACACUCUUAAUCUAAAUUAAAUUUAUGAUUCUAUUUUUAUCAAGAAAUUGUUACAGGAACCUUCCUUGAAUUCUCCUGGGACUACAUCGUGUCUUCCUGUAGGAUGCUUCUAUGAUUCAGGAAUCAAUUUAGAAAUCUCUUCGUAGGUUUGUAUAAAGAUUUCAUCGUGAAAUUCUACGAGAUUCUCUCGGUAAUUCUUCUGCAAAUCACUUUAUAAAAUCCCUUAUCAAUUCCAUUGUUUUCUCUUCAAGAACUUCUUGCAUGAUUUAAACAGAAAUACCUCUGGUAGUUCCUUCAAGCAAAGAUCCCACAAUUCCGGUUGUACUCUAAAAAAUCCUAGACCUUAGCUCGAGUGUUAAGAAAUUCCUUUGGGAAUUCUUUUAGGAGUUCCACCAGAAGUACCUUUGGGAAUUCCUCCGAAAAUUCACCUGGAAAUUCCUCCAGAAGUUCCUCUGCGAAUUCUUCUAGGAGUUCCUCUGUAAAUUCAUCUAGGAGUAUGUUAAUUUCUCCAGGGGACCCACUGCUCCUGCAGCUCAUCUAUGAAUUCUCCCAGAAACACAUUUGAGAAGUUCCUCAUGAAAUUCCUCCAGGAGCUCUUCUGGGAAUUCUUCCAGGAGUUCUUCUGAUAAUUAAUCCUCCUGAAAAUUGCUCCAGAAGCUUAUUUGGAAAUUCCUCCAUGAGUUACUCUAAGGAUUGUUCCGAAAAUUCAGCUGGGAAUUCCUCCAGAAGUUCCUCUGCAAUUUCUUCCAGGAGUUCCUCUGUAAAUUCAUCUAGGAAUUAAUAAGUUAAUUUCUUCAGGGACCCACUGCGCCAGCAGCUCAUCUAGAAAUUCUCCCUAGUUUGGGAAACAAAGUCAGAAACUAGUUUGGGAAUUCUAGGAGUACCUCUAGAAAUUUAUCUGGGGGUUUCCUUUAGAUAUUAAUGGAAGAAUUCCACCAGGAGCUCCUAUGGGCAUUCCUUCAGGCGGGAAUUCUUCCCGAAGUUUCCUUAAUUAUUCCUCCAGGAGUUUUGGUGGGAAUUCUUACAGGAGUUCCUCUGGAAAUUCAUUCGGAAGUUUUUCUGGGAAUUCCUCCAGGAGGUUCUCUGGGUAUUCUUCCAGAACUUUUUUCUGAGAAUUCCUCCAGGAGUUCCACUUUGAAUUCCCCUAGGAGUUUCUCUGUGAAUUCCACCAGGAGUUCAGCUGGAAAUUUCCCUAGGAGUUCCUCUUGAAAUUCUUUCGGAAAUUUCUCUGGGAGUUCCUCAGGAAAUUUUUCCAGAAGUUUCUCUGAUUAUUCUUCCAGGAGUUCCCUGGAAAUACUUUCAAAAAUUUCUAUAAGAAUUCCUCCAGGAGUAUCACUGGGAAUUCUUCGAGGAACUCCACUGGGAAUUCUUCCAGAAGUUCCUCUAAGAUUUUCUCCACCAGAUGCUUUGGGAAUUUCGCCAGGAGGUCCUAAGGGAAUUCUUCCAGGUGAUAUUUUGAGAGAUUUAUCGGAAGUUUCUUACAGGAGUUCCUUUGGGAAUUUCUCCAGGAGGUUCUCUGAUUAUUCCUCCAAGUGUUCCGCUGGGAAUUCCCAGAGGAGUUCCUCUGGAAAUUCGUUCGGAAGUUUCUCUGGGAACUCUGGGAACUUGGAAUUCCCCCAAGAGUUCUUCUGGGAGUUCUUCCUGAAGUAUCUUUGAUUCUUCCUCCAGGAGUUCUGCUGGGAACUUCCACAAGAGUUCCUCUGGAAAUUCUUUCGGAAGUUUCUCUGGGAAUUCCUUCAGGGUUCCUCUGGGUAUUCCUCCAAGAGCUUCUCUGAUUAUUCCUCCAGAAGAUCCGCUGGGAAUUCCCCCAGGAGUUCUUCUGGGAAUUCUUCCAGAAGUUAUUCUGAGAACUCCUCCAGGAGUUCCACUUAGAAUUCCCCCAGGAGUUUCCCUGGAAAUUCCACCCGGAAUUUCACUGAGAAUUAUUCGAAGAGUUCCACUGUGAAUUCCUCUAGGAAUUCCACCAGUGACUCCUCUGGAAUUUCCUCCAUCACAUGCUUUGGAAAUCCCGCCAGGAGAUCCGCAAAGAGAUCUUCCAGGAGAUCUUCUGAAAAUUCUUUCGGAAGUUUCGCAGGUAAUACCUCCAUGAGUUUCACUGAGAAUUCCUCCAGAAGGAACUUCCGGAGAAAUUUUCUAGUGAAA